AUGGCUUCCUCACCAAACCUUAAAGUAACUUUGUAUAAACAUGGUUUUGCCACUGUGGAGGAGGAGGACAAGGAUGUGGGUGUCUGGGUGGACAACUGUGAAAAAUUUAAUUAUCCUCAUUACUGUGAUAAAGAACGCUUAUUACAAAUGAAAAAAGUAGCUGAGAAGAGAAGAAAGGAUACCAAAAAGGAAGACGAAUGUGCAGGUGUCAAAAAGGAAGACAAAUCAGCAGGUUGCUGUAAAGAACAUUCAGAACCGUAUUUGAACAUCCAACCACAAUGUACUGUCGUGUAAAGAUAUAAACGUUUAAUUAGUUAAUUGAAAACUUUGAUCACAACAAUAAUUACCAUAUUUCAUAUUUCUAAAACAAUAAAAGUAUUCAUUUAUUUCUGGAUUUAAAUUUAUUUUCACGUGCUUUUAUUGCUGUCAUAUGUGUUUCACUGAUUAGCGGUUGACCAAGUCUUGGUUUAUUUGUUUCAAGGCUUCUAGAUUUUAGCGGUUCCCCAACUUCACAGUACAAUUUUCGUGACAGUGUAGGUUCCCCAACUUCGCUGUUUUGCCCCAGUGUAGGUACCCCAACAUCACUGUUUAGUUGAUCAUUAAUGCCAAAACCUUUUCUUUUGGGUAAAAUAUGUGUACAACGGGUUUCAUGUAAAGUUUGAAUUGUGUCACAAUAGAUUUUUGCAGCAUUGUAGCAUUUUUCACAUUUGGUCGGACAUUGACACUCAAAUUUUUCCGGGCAGUAUUUACAACUCAUUUUUUGUGUUUUGUAAUAAAAUUUUGAGACUCUGUAUUUAUAGAGUUUAGGUCAAUGUAAUUAUUUAUGAAACACCGGCUUUACCCAUCAUACAUGAUGGUGGUAUGCAAAUACAUAUUAAAAAAAUACGAAAUACAUACAGAAGAUUAAAGAGGAGGAUCAUGGCGAUGCUUAAAGUGUCUUUUUUUAUUUUUCGGGGUAUUAAAGUUAGUUUUAGCAUAACUAUGGAAGAGAUAGCAGCGCUUAUUGACUAUGUUGUGCUUAACACGUUGUAUUUAAUGUGCUUGUCGUACUUAGAGUUUUAUUUUUCGUAAAAUGGCUUCGAUUAGUUAUAUUCCAAAUUCAUAUUAUGAGAGAAAUCAGGGUGGCUCUGUUUAUGCACAAAGACUUUGGUGGUGUUAUUCUACAGAUUCUUCUGAAAUGGUUGAUGUGACGCAAAAGUUGGUGUUUGAUGAUGUAUUUUAUGAAACAGCAAAUAUUGUAGCAUACAAUAUAAAAUAUUCAAAUGAAGAAUUUGCUGAUACUAAUUAUGUUACAGUUAUACAGCGUUUUUAUAGUCCCGUUUCGUGUUUACAAGUUUGGGAUGAUUGGAUAUGUAAAAAUUAUCCUACAAAACGUUGGGGUAUAGACAUAUUUAGUAUUUGGCACCCGUCGCGAAGUGAAAUUGGAAAAAGAGCUAUAAAGGAUGAUGUUGUAGAUGAUACAAGUUUUCGUCGUGAUACGUUGUGGCGGUCUGAGCAGGGCGAAUAUUGUGAAUAUUGA